UAGAGCGCAUGCGCAGAGAUUGGCCACCAGCAUCAGCUGCAGAUUCUGGAAACCGGAAGGAUGCUGCAGAAUCCAGAAAGCCCGAUGGUGUGACUGAAGCUAAACACUCCAGCCUCUUCGUGUGUUGAGCUCGCCCACAUUCCAAGACGGAAACAUGUUCCCCUCAUGUUAUCUGAAACCGGCGGACAGCGGCGGAAAGACGAGCGCGCUCGCGAAGCUGCUGCUGGGGGUGUUCGUGGUGUACGCGCUCCACACCGCCUGGCUGCUGUACGGCUUCCUCAACAGCAAACCCUGCGACAGAAGCAGAGGGGAGCUCUGCAUGGCCUCCUACCUGCACAACAGACCACGACUGCAGCUGAGUGUCUUUACCUGCCUCGUGCCAGAAGACAGCCAACUCCAUCCCAUUUUGAGGGUGGAGGCCUUUGAUCCUCUCUCCACAUUUGAACGACAGGUGAACGUUUCUCUGCCAGAGGAGACUCGAGCUAACGGCACUCUGUAUGCAGUUGUGUAUCUUCACAAAGUGGGAGUUUCUCCCUUGGAAGACAGAAAGGAAGUUCACUAUGCUGCUCAGCUCACCACCUACAUGAAUCCUGCAAACAAAGAGGACCAGAAGGACCCACAGAAGGUUGGAUCUGUUAGACCUGUGUCCCACUGGACACCGCUCCUGUCAAUCACCAUGAUGUCGGAGGACUUCAGCUUCAGCAAGGCGGGGCUUCCCAGUGAUGUGCGCCGCUACAUGAGAGUCUUUCAGGAGGGCAGACAGAUGAUCUACCUGCCCCUUCUGCUGGUCAAUGAGCUGAGCUCCAGAGUCAAAGACCUCAAAGAGAUCGGCAGCAGCAGUGUGCAGCUCCCCCUCACAAUUUCCUAUGAGGGAAUCUCUCUGAGGAAAUUUCGCUUUUGGAUCCAUUUACACGACAUCGUUUACUCCCUGCGACAGUUUGGCUUCAGUGAGGAGAACAUCGAUGAGAUUAAAGAAACUCUGGUUGGAUCCAACCUCUACCUGUUGGUGCUGACUGCCCUGGUUACAGCUCUGCAGCUCAUCUGUGAAUUUCUCGCACUUAAAAACGACAUCUGUUCGUGGAGGGAAAAGAAGAGCAUGGCAGGAAUAUCCAGGAAGUCGGUUUUGUGGCGAUGUCUCUGCACGUUGCUGAUCUUCCUUCAUCUGCUGGAGGAGACCAGUCUUCUGGUGCUCCUUCCUGUCGGACUGGGAGCAUGUGUGGAGGUGUGGAAAGUGUUUAAAGUCUUUAAGAUCCAGCUGAACAAAGAGUUUCACGUAAAAAAGCUGGAUGAGGACGAGCAAAGGACUGUGGAGUACGAUGUGCAGGCGUCCAGAUACUUGUCCUACUUGGUGUACCCCCUGUGCAUCAGCGGAGCCGUUUUCUCCCUGGUCUACUUACGCAAACGAAACUACUAUUCCUGGUUGAUCAACAGUCUUGUCACAGGGGUUUAUGCGUUUGGUUUUCUGUCCAUGGCUCCUCAGCUCUUCAUCAACCACAAGUUCAAGUCCGUGAAUCACCUGCAGGGGGCAGCAUUGAUGUACAGAGCUUUGAACACGCUGGUUUCAGAUGCGUGUUCUUUCGCCUUCUUCUUCUCCUCCACCGCAUCUUUCUCCUCCUCCCACCAACUUUCCUGCUUCAGAGACGAAGUCCUCUUCUUCCUCUACCUUUACCAGCGAAGACACUACGCUCCCAAAUCCAGAAGACGAGAGUCUGCCACAAAGAAAGUCAAGACUCAGUGAACGACGAGACAAAAACAUCCAUUCAAGACUGAAAGCACAAAACCACCAAAGGCCAGCUUUUUAAGAAAAACAACAACACUCAAACAGAGCCAGAAAAAAGGCAUCCAAUCACUGGACGAUUGAUUAGAGAGCUGCGGCUCCGCGUUUAGCUGCUCUGACGUUCAACACAUUCAAGGACAAUCUGCGUUUCGGAAUUUCUAUCUUCACUUUUUGGAAAUCACUGGAUCAAAUCAUCUUAUACUUGCAUGAUUCUGCUUUUUAGUCGUAUGAAGUGAAUGAAAGUUUCUUCUUAACUAAACCAUGUUUCAACCAUAAGUCUUGAUAAAUUCGUUUUUGUUGAAAGCACAGAUUCUCCAUAAAAGAUUCAUUGCAAGAGGCUGCAGUAGAAGAAAGAAUUUUAUGAGACACUAACUGCAUAGUUUAUACAUAUGUACAGAUAAUUAUUGAUGCCUGAGCUAUAAUUUUACAGAGGGAACUUGUAAAGUCAGACUUUUUUUGAUUAGUGCAGUGAUGCAUGAAAUCAAAUAAUGUACACAUUUCAUCUGAAGGAACCACAACGGCAUUAUUGGAAUAUGCAACCUUAUUUCUUAAUGUCAUGAUGUAUUUAUGUGGUUUCCUGCAAACCUUAGACCAGCAAUGAUGCCAGUUUCAAUGUUAAGUCAAUGGUACAGAUGCGAUCUGAGGUACUGCGGCGCGAUUUAGGCGACAGCCCAAUGCCCUACUGGGCUGUUUUUAAAUGUUUUUUAGAUAUAUUUUAACAUUCCUUGGAUAGUCUUUUGAUCAGCACAUUUUAUGUAAUUACAGUAUCACUUACUUUUUCCAUUUCAACAAAAAGUUACAUUUUUGUGUUGCAUUGGUGUUAGUUGCAUAUUUGUUUAUUAAUAAAUCAAAUGAAAAUCAA